AAAGAAGGGGUUCAUGAGGGGUGGGGAAAAGGACCGUCAGCGAAGCAUGUUGGCUGUAGUACGAGCGAAUCGAUCGAUCGAUGGUCGCGUGGGCAGGGACAGGUCUUAAGCGUGUCGCGCGCCGGCGAAAAGAAGGCAGGGCUCGCGCCGAGGAGAGGUGGGGCUUUCUCUGUUUCGCGCCGGAGGCGCGGGCGUGUGAGCGGCUUCGCUGAGGUGAAGAGGAGCUGGAGCGCGAGCGCGAGGGGAGUAGCGGACGAGUAGCCCAGUCUGCUUGGUGCCGGUGCCGCCGCUGAUAGACUGUGGCAGGGUCGUUUGGGCGAUCCGGUGGCAGAUGAUGACCUGCACUUAGAAACUGUGUCUUCAGAAAUGAAAGCUUGGACUUACUAUAAACAGUGAUCGGCCUUAAGACUAGAAACCAUCAUCAAGAAACUUCACAGGAACUCAUCCUUAUUCAGUUAUCUUGUAUCAUAAAUACAAUCAUGUAUGGGAGCGCUCGGUCAGUUGGUAAAAUUGAGCCAAGCACCCAGAGUCCUGGGCGUUCACCAAGGCUGCCACGAUCACCACGGCUGGGCCAUCGUCGAACCAACAGCACAGGUGGCAGCUCUGGAAGUAGUACUGGGGGUGGCAGUGGCAAAACACUUUCUAUGGAAAAUAUCCAAUCCUUAAAUGCUGCCUAUGCCACUUCAGGCCCUAUGUACCUAAGUGACCAUGAGAAUGUGGGUGCAGACACACCUAAAAGCACCAUGACUCUUGGACGAUCAGGGGGGCGUCUGCCUUAUGGUGUUCGGAUGACUGCUAUGGGCAGCAGCCCCAACAUUGCCAGUAGUGGGGUUGCCAGCGAUACUAUUGCCUUUGGAGAGCAUCAUCUUCCUCCUGUGAGCAUGGCAUCUACAGUGCCUCAUUCACUGCGUCAGGCUAGAGAUAAUACUAUAAUGGACCUGCAGACACAGCUCAAGGAAGUGUUACGGGAAAAUGAUUUACUGCGCAAGGAUGUAGAGGUGAAAGAAAGUAAACUUAGCUCCUCCAUGAACAGUAUCAAGACAUUCUGGAGUCCUGAGCUCAAGAAGGAAAGAGCCCUGAGGAAAGAUGAAGCAUCCAAAAUUACAAUUUGGAAAGAACAGUAUCGAGUUGUGCAAGAAGAAAACCAGCAUAUGCAGAUGACAAUCCAAGCUCUUCAGGAUGAGCUUAGGAUCCAGAGGGACCUGAACCAGCUUUUCCAGCAAGACAGCAGCAGUAGAUCCAGUGAACACUUUGUGACGGAGCUUACAGAGGAGAAUUUCCAACGGCUUCAUGCGGAGCAUGAGCGCCAGGCCAAGGAACUCUUCUUGCUGCGCAAAACCUUGGAAGAAAUGGAGCUGCGCAUUGAGACUCAGAAGCAGACCUUAAAUGCUCGUGAUGAGUCCAUCAAAAAAUUAUUGGAAAUGUUGCAGAGCAAGGGGCUGUCUGCAAAAGCCACAGAGGAGGAUCAUGAGCGAACAAGACGGUUGGCUGAGGCAGAAAUGCAUGUGCACCAUCUGGAAACUUUACUAGAGCAGAAGGAAAAGGAGAACAACUUGCUAAGAGAGGAAAUGCAUCGUCGUUUUGAAAAUGCACCUGAUUCUGCCAAGACGAAAGCUUUGCAGACUGUUAUAGAGAUGAAGGAUUCUAAGAUCUCUUCCAUGGAGCGUGGACUCCGAGAUUUGGAAGAGGAGAUCCAGAUGCUGAAGUCAAAUGGAGCUCUGAGUACAGAGGAACGUGAGGAAGAAAUGAAACAAAUGGAGGUGUAUCGUAGUCAUUCCAAAUUUAUGAAAAACAAGGUAGAACAACUGAAGGAAGAGCUAAAUGCCAAAGAGGCUCAAGGGGAGGAGCUGAAAAAGAGAGUGACUUGUCUCCAGACUGAGGUCUCUACCAUUGGCCAGGUGAAACAGGAACUGUCACGCAAAGACACAGAGCUGCUGGCCUUACAGACAAAACUGGAAACCCUCACAAACCAGUUUUCUGAUAGCAAGCAACACAUUGAUGUGCUCAAGGAGUCCCUCACAGCUAAAGAACAGAGAGCUGCUAUCCUACAAACAGAGGUGGAUGCUCUCCGGUUACGUCUGGAAGAGAAGGAAACCAUGUUAAAUAAAAAGACUAAGCAAAUUCAGGAGAUGGCUGAGGAGAAAGGAACUCAAGCUGGAGAGAUUCAUGAUCUCAAAGAUAUGCUGGAUGUGAAAGAGCGCAAGGUUAAUGUUCUUCAGAAAAAGAUUGAGAAUCUACAGGAACAGUUAAGAGACAAGGAGAAACAGAUGAGCAGUUUGAAAGAGAGAGUAAAAUCCCUGCAGGCUGAUACCACCAACACUGACACUGCCUUGACAACACUGGAGGAAGCACUUGCAGAGAAGGAGCGUACUAUCGAGCGCCUGAAGGAGCAGCGCGACAGGGAUGAGAGAGAAAAACAGGAGGAGAUUGACAACUAUAAAAAAGACCUUAAGGACCUGAAAGAAAAAGUCAGCGUCUUGCAAGGAGAUCUUUCAGAGAAAGAGGCUUCAUUGCUGGAUUUGAAAGAGCAUGCCUCAUCUUUAGCAUCAUCAGGAUUGAAGAAAGAUUCUAGGUUAAAGACAUUAGAAAUUGCCUUGGAACAGAAAAAGGAAGAGUGUAUGAAACUGGAAUCUCAGCUGAAAAAGGCUCAUGAAGCAACAUUGGAGGCUAGGGCCAGUCCAGAGAUGAGUGACCGAUUUCAGCAAUUGGAAAGAGAUGUGGCUCGGUACCGUGAAGAAUCCAGUAAGGCUCAAGCUGAAGUGGAUCGUCUGCUGGAAAUCCUGAAAGAGAUGGAGAAUGAGAAGAAUGAUAAAGACAAGAAGAUAGCAGAACUGGAAAGGCAAAUUAAAGAUCAGAAUAAAAAGGUAGCAAAUCUGAAGCACAAAGAACAAGUGGAGAAGAAAAAGAGUGCACAGAUGUUGGAAGAAGCUAGGCGGCGGGAGGACAAUCUGAAUGACAGUUCCCAGCAGUUGCAGGACAGUCUGCAUAAGAAGGAUGAUCGGAUUGAGGAGCUAGAAGAGGCACUGAGAGAGAGUGUGCAAAUUACAGCAGAACGGGAAAUGGUGUUAGCUCAAGAAGAAUCAGCAAGGACACAUGCUGAAAAACAGGUGGAAGAGUUGAUGAUGGCUAUGGAGAAAGUAAAACAAGAACUGGAAUCUAUGAAAGCAAAGCUGUCAUCUACCCAGCAGUCUCUGGCUGAGAAGGAAACACACUUGACCAACUUGCGGGCUGAGAGGAGGAAACAUUUGGAGGAGGUCCUAGAGAUGAAACAAGAAGCCCUUCUAGCUGCCAUUAGUGAAAAAGAUGCCAACAUUGCUCUGUUGGAGCUGUCGUCGUCCAAGAAAAAAACCCAAGAUGAAGUAGCUGCACUUAAACGAGAGAAAGACCGUUUGGUGCAACAGCUGAAGCAACAGACUCAAAAUCGCAUGAAAUUGAUGGCAGAUAACUAUGAGAAUGAUCACCUCAAAUCGUCAUCUCAUUCGAACCAAACUAACCAUAAACCCUCCCCAGAUCAGGUAAUUCAGCCCCUUUUAGAUCUUGAUCAGAAUCGCAGCAAGUUGAAGUUGUAUAUUGGACAUUUGACAGCCCUGUGCCAUGACCGGGACCCCCUGAUUCUCCGUGGACUCACCCCACCUGCUUCCUACCACCUGGAUGACAACCGUGCAGCUUGGGAGAAGGAGCUGCAGAAGAUGACUCUGGAGCAGCUUCAGGAUGAGCUAGAAAAGGGUGAGAGGGACAGCGCAGAGCUGCAAGAGUUUGCCAAUGCCAUUCUACAGCAAAUAGCUGAUCACUGCCCUGACAUCCUAGAGCAAGUUGUCAAUGCACUUGAAGAGUCAUCAUGACCGAAACCCAGUGCUAGUUCCCCCUGCAGCAGCAUGCCCGGGGGCCAAGCCCAGUCAGUCCAAGGAGUCGUGAGGAUGGAGAAGGGGGAGUGGGAAAAAUCCGAGAAACCUUUGGUGCACCUUUUUAUAAACAGAAAGAAAUGAACCUAAACUGGUAUCUCAGCUCUUCCAGUCUAUAAAUACUAAAUUAUGUGUGCAUUCAUCUUCUCACUGCCUUUCUACUUUGGAAUAUGCUUCCCAGUUACCUUUCCUGUUGGCUUUUGGAUACGUCUGCUCCGAAAUUUGAUGAGUCCAAUAAGCAUGAAAGUGGCAAUAUAUUGGAUACAGCUCGUUCUGGUGUUUCUUAAAAUGAUGGCAGGGGAACACUUGCCUUGAUUUUAUUUUUUAGAUUAGUAAAAAACGUUGGCCUACCUUCAUUUAUGGGGGAAGCUGAGUUUGCUGUGAUACUAGCCCACAGUUGGCCAGCUUCAGUUUAGCUAGCUCAAGAUGUGCUGCCUAUGUCUACACAGGAGUUUUACCCUAAAAGGGUAAGUUAUUACAAGGAGGGGAGGAUAAAUUCCUUGUUCUCUGUGGUAAUUACAGUUAAAGUUGUGAUUUCUCUGUUGUUCUGCCUAUUGUAAGUUUCACGUUUGUUUACCAAGUGGGCUAUGAAAUGUGUGUGGCUGUUGGGGAAGGGCUAUAGCUCAGCGGUAGAGCACUUGCUUUGCAUGCAAAAGGGCAUAGGUUCAAUCCCUGGUGUCUCCAGGCAGGGCUGCCAAAGGCUGCUGCCUGAAACCUGGAGAGCUGCUGCCGGUCGAACUACAUGACUUGGUAUAAGGCAGAUACUGUGUUCCUAUGUUUUCUUGAGCCGAGUUUCUUGGUCUUCUGACAAAACUUAGCAUCAUACCUUUUCUAUAUAUCUUGCAUUCUCAUUUGAAGAGUGCUGUCUUUAUGCUUUGACUUCUCUUUUUAUCCAUUUCUGAUUUCUUAGGAAGUUACUUAAGCUAUUCCCAGUUGCAGAGGACUAAAUAUGCUCACCCCUACUGUUGAACCUUCCCUAGCACCUGCUAAAGAUGAGUAAACCCAAAAUAGCUUCUCUAAAUGGCAUCCUGUUAACAUAUCCAAAUUCACAAGUUGAAUAGGAAUCUGACUAUUUAUGUGUUUUGCACUAAUGGUGAAAAAAUAGUUUUGCUCUGGGCAGUGCAAAUUUAUGCUUUGGCAUUCACCAAAGCAGAACUCUGCUUUCUUCCUCAGCUUUCUUCCUUAGAGGAACUGUUUCUGAAGUUUCUUCUUGCAGAUUUCAAGAUUAAAAGAACCUCUUAGAGGAGAGAAAAGAGAAAGGAAUUGGGACUUAAUGCCGUAAGAGGAAAGAUCACUGAUCCUUAAAGUGCUUUCCUGACUUGUUUGCCUCUAUAAUGACUGUCUUAGUCAUCAUGCUUGGCUUUUUCAGCUUAAGCAUUUUAUACAUGGAUAUGCUAAUGAAUUCCAAAUUCAUAAGACAGAUGCUCUCUCUUAAGCCUUUUUCUUGUUUUUCUUCAGAGGCUCCUUCGAAAAACACUAAGCUCAUAUUUAAGGUCUCUCUUCACUAGCAUCGGCUUUCUCCCCUUCAAGUGUAUUUUUCCCCUUCAAAUCUGGCAACCCAGAUUCUAUGACAUCAUUUUCUAAAUAUGAAUUUCUAUAAAGCAAAAGUUACUAUUCAGUCAUUGCAAUUUUCAACCCAUGGAGGGGGGGAAAGGGCUGCAUGCACUACCCCCAACACCUCCAGGCAUGCAUGCCAGCUCCACUCCUAGCCUAGAAAGGGAGUUCUAAACGCUUUUGGUUGAAAGCAUUUAGAAGCCUCUGUUAUCGAAUUGCGAGUCUUCAGGCCACACUGUGAAACCUUUAUUAUUAUUACAUUUUAAAAAUAUAAUGUCUGCCUUUGAAUAUGAAAGGCCACCCAAUGCCAAAUGCUUGAAGAUGCUCAGUUUCUUCCUUUCGUUAGCAGGUUCAGGAGAGGGAAUCUGGGGGAAAGCCUCAGAAAGGAGAUACAGUAGGAGUAAGAUUGGCUUUGAAUGGCAAACAAUGUUUUUCCAGUGGGCUUCCUAAUGAGGGAUUCAUGUUGCUGUCUUAGCCGAUUCAGGACUUUGGAGAUCUUGAAUGGUAGUUUUCAAGCUGAUGGCAUUAAUAGCCUGCGGUAGGUGCUUUUUGUCAUAAAGUGAGCAGGGAAGGGGGACUUGAAUGUUCUCAAGGUUGAAAUUGCCUUUACCGGAAGUCAUGUAGACAGUGACUGUACAUACCAUUAAACCAUGCCUCAUAGCAGAGCCGCGCCUUUGCCCCUAUUGUUUUGAGUCAGCACAUUUUGAUAGGAGCUGCUGUUUUGAAUUUUCCCUUCUAGCUUUUUCUUCUUCAUCGCUAAUUACUCACUGUAGAAAUUUAAUGCUGCCUGUAAAACCAUCUCAGCCUUCAGACCCAACAUCUUCCCACCACCACUCCCAGGCUAUCCUGUUAAGUUAUAUGGUCAGGUCUCCAGCUGCCCUUGUUCCCUGCUGUAAAACAAUCCACUCUCUCUGUGGGAGAAGCUGUGGAAUUUUCCUUAUCAGUGGUUGACCGACUGCUUCUUGUAAACCUCUUACCCAGAUGCUCCUUGAUAGUGGCUUUUGGGGGCGAAGACAGGGGCUUUGCUGAAACUGGGGAGGGGAGAUAGUCAGAGAUAGUGGCUUGUGGCUGAUCCUUCAUCCCCAUGUGCUUAUAGCGCUGCAUAUAAAUCACAGUUCACCAUGCCAGUAUAUUUGGAGCCUUUAACUCAGCUGCCACCAUGUGGCUGUGCUACUACAAAAAACAGGAUCUGCUUCAGCAGAUGCCAUUCCCAGAGAAGUGUGUACAGGGCCCACUCCAUUGAAACUGUGAUAAAGCCCAUUGUUUACGUUCUACUCCUAGCAUGUUCUCUGGGUGAGGAGGAAGCGGAACCAGUUCCCACUCUGGCCAUUUGGUAUUUGUCACGCAGCAGCACCCCUGCUGCUUGAAGCCCUCUCCCUCCAAGUCUGAAGUCUGCAUCUCUUUCAACUUCUCUCUUAUCCCACCACCACACACACAACUUUUCCACCCCAUUCCAUGAGCUCAAAGUCCUGCCACCCUAAUGCCUGAUCUAAGCCCUCAGUAAAAGUCUGAUCUAAUCCCCCAGUAAAGUGCUUUGAGAGACAGGGAGAGAGCAAACAAGAUCUUAUCUUGGAACAAUGACCUGACUUUAUCAGCAGUGAACCAUUGCAGAUAAUCUCCUUGAUGCCGUUUGGAUAGAGGUCCUGUCUCCCCGUAUGUCUGUAGGAGCUGUGGAGCCUUAAAUGCAAGCUGUUGGCCAUGAGCUGUUGUUGAACAUGGCCUGCUUCAAUUUGUUUCCCUGAACAGAAGAGUCCGAGAUAGUUGACUGACUAGUGAAUCUGGUUAACAUUGUCUCCAAUAUGAGGUAGAAAAUGCACAGGUCCAAAGCAUUCAUGGACGUAUGGACAAUCUGACUGUGACUACACUAUCACAGCUCUCAUACAUUUUUAUUUCUGCCAUAUCUGAUAUGAGUAAGAUGCACCACCCAUGUGCAGAAGAUACCGCUCUGGACAGCUAUGCUGCAAAAGUAUCCAUUCUCACCUUCCUUGUUCCUCAGUCCAGUUUUCAAAAAUAGCCUCUUAUCAGUGAAUUCCAAAUCUUUUGUUUACACUAGCUGUGGUAAUAGAGUUUCGUUGCUGGAUUCUAACAAGGCUUGGUUGUUUUUAAGGAAUGUGUUGUUACUACUUCAAGCUAUAAAGAUGCUAAUUUGUAAUGCCUCAAAAGGUGUUUACCAAACUGCAGGAACCCCCUAUAGAGGGAGUAGUGAAACAGUUCAUCUUAAUUUGGUGCUGUUACUAAUAGCUCCCUGGAAAAUCCAGCUAAUUUCUUGACAUCCUAAUUGGACUUCUUAAUGAUACCAAGGAAUCCACAUUCACAUUCCAAUGCUAUCAAACCCAGGUUAAACAAGGUUAUAAUAAAUGCCAUUCCAACCUCAGAAUUGCACAGUGACAUUAGCUACUAAUGUUCAAAGAAAGAACUACUGAGAGGUACAUCCUAGUUAAUAUAUUUAUAUUAAUGUUUGGUCUGUUACAAUGACUGCCCUUGGCUGUCAUUUUCACUCAGAAACACCAAACUCUCUCUGAAAAUCCCAAACUGAAGGAAAUGAGACUGGUGUGUGCCAUCAAAUGCUGUGUACAAUAGGGGAAACCUCCCUAGACGAUCCUGCAUGUGAAAUUUUCAGUGUAUUUUGGAAGAUUGUUGUACUUAUAUAAAUAUAUAUUGUAUGGGAGUUUUAGGCAUCUCUUCUCUCUAUCCUAAUAUUCAGGGAGUAUUCUGUUUAGAAAUUUCCUUUCUCUGAAACAAUAACUUAAUGGAACACUAUUUUCCUCCUAUUUCAUACCCCUGUGCUAGCACCCUCACAUGGGUUCUUAAGUGAAAAGAAGAUGGGGUAUGCUUUUGUCAAAACACUUGGAAUUAGAAGGUGCUACUUCAGAGAACUAAGAGAUAAUAGAAAUGAAAAGCAGAACGUUCUGGAUUUAAUAACACUGCCCCACCAAAGGUAGUGGUGUAGAGAAAUCAGGCAAUGAGGGGCUUGGGGCUGCCAGAAUUGACAAGACAAACUCUUCUCAUGCCAGUCUUGUCAGUGCAGCAGGUGCUGUUUUUAUAAUACAAUAUUUUUUAACUUUUUUCCAUUUAUAGAGGAAGCCGUUAUCGUUCUGAACAAAAUGGCCGUCUCUACUGACCUUUUUUAAAAAGAGGAGGAAAAUUCCAAACUUUUUAGUGUCAAAAGUGUAAACAUAAGAAUUCUGAUUUUUUUUCAGUGUGUGUGGCGAGUGCUGUAACCCUGUCAUCAUUGGUAUUUCCCCUUGACUUUUUGAAGGGUUUUUUUAUUUUAAUUCUUCUGUUUUGUUCUCUACUUGUCAAUUAUUGUCUGUGUGGUCCUCUGGGUGGGGCAGUUACCAACAAUAUGUGUCUGUUGUCCAAUUUUAAAUAAAAAACAUAGAAGUAGAAAUGAAAAGAAUUGUGUUUUAAAAAUAUAAAAAUUAAGUGUAUAAUCCAAAGGAAUUCAAAAUAUGAAAAGGCAAAGUUCUGGACAACUCCUCCCAGUUUUAUAAGGAAGUAGAUUUUUUAGUCUCAAGGUACCUUUCAAUUGCCUUUGACAGACCAAGGAAGACCAAACCAAUGUGGCCUUCUUAGGAAUAUUACUAACUCCUGACUUUAUCCCUCUCCCAAUACUUAUAAUGUAUGGACUACCUUUCAAAUAUAGAAAGGGGCAGACUUACAAACUACUCUUUGCUAGCAGCUACUAUUUUCCGCCGGUAUUCCUGGGGCUUUAAUACUACAAAAUUAAAUAGGAGGGAUACAUUGCAGCAUUUUUGCACACUCUUAGUCCCUAUUUUGUACACACAUAAUACUUAGUAUUUCUAAAUGCACCUUCAUUUGUCAGUUCCAGUUUAUGUGUGAUUAUUCUGUCUGUACCCACUUCUGAAAAUGUGCAUUCAGAAUCUUACAACAAAGGGCUUGCCAUUCUUUUCUGCACCUUUGAGAUGGAAUGUUUUGACUCUGCUUUUAAAGGAUAUGGCCAUCAUAAAUCUGCAUAGCAUAAAUACAUUUAUUGUUACUACUAGCCAUAUCUUAAAUUAUUAUACAUGAAUGUAGUUUUUUAAAAAUCCUGGUAAAUUUUGGGAAUAUCGAUCAUCCUUUCAAUCUGAGGCUACUAAUGUUCCAGUGUUGCAAUCUACUUUAAUUCACUAACCAUUAUUGCAGCUGGAAUCAAAGCUGAAAACAUUGGAAUUGUUGCAGUUGGUCUGUAGUCUUACCCUGGAGACUUUCUUGUUAAUGAAGGAUAUAAAAGUUAAGCAAGUUUAAUUGAUAUUACUUCUUUAAUUUGGUUUUCUCCAUCCACUCAUGGCUGAGGGUGAGGUCAAGCAUCUGUCAGUCAUUUUACCUAGUUAACACAAGAUUUGGCUUAAUACUGGUUUCAGCAGGCACCUCCUAAAUACAAAUAGAUCACAGGUUUUGCUUCUCUCAGCUAGUCCCCUAUCUUUGGUAUGCUAGAUCCUAAGUGUAUUUAUGCGUACCAAAUGUUCAUGUUCUUAUUUAGGUUCCAUAUAAGUAAAUGGGAUUGUAUCUAGAAGAUUCUGCUAUAAGCUGAUGUAACAUAAACCUGACAAGACAUGCUGUUCCUUCAUCCCUGCCAAAACAGCAUUGCUACUUCCCUCUGAUUCACCUCAUGCUGAAAUUAGAGCACCAGGUUCUGCUUUAACCAAAUUAUUCAUAAACGCAGCACAAUGGGCUGUCAUAGGGAGAAACAAUUUGUAUGAAGUCCCCACACACACACACUACAGAAAGGGAUAUUUUACUACUUGGAAGGUGAUGUGUUGCACUUUAACAGAGGAGGAGAGGAGCUUUGCAUAUAUAGUCUGGCAUACUUUGAGUUCCUUCUGGAAGGAGCAGCAGCGGGAGAUAAUAGAUGUCUGUGAUGCAAGUGCGCACGCUGCCUUCAGCUUGUAUGUGUCUUAUUGAUGGAGUCAUGUUACUGACAGGAUAAUGAAUUGCAAAGAAAUUGUGUUAUAUUCAACUUUGCCUUGAUAAUAUAAACACUUUUGUUCAGUUUUUUUCCUUUUUUAUUCACAAACUAAGUUC